AGCCCUGUUCAUGGAGCCCACAUUGCUGAUGCUUGAUGAACCUACCAAUCACUUGGAUCUCAAUGCAGUCAUCUGGCUUAACAACUAUCUCCAGACGUGGAAGAAAACCCUGCUCAUCGUUUCCCACGACCAGGGAUUCUUGGAUGAUGUGUGUACAGAUAUCAUCCACUUGGACAUGCAGAAACUUUUCUACUACCGGGGAAACUACAUGACUUUCAAGAAGAUGUAUCAACAGAAACAGAAAGAGCUGCUCAAACAGUACGAGAAGCAAGAGAAGAAGCUCAAAGACCUGAAGGCCGGGGGAAAGUCGACAAAGCAGGCAGAAAAGCAGACCAAGGAGGCCCUGACGCGGAAGCAGCAGAAAUGUCGCAAGAAGAACCCGGAUGAGGAAUCCAACGAGGCCCCCGAGCUCCUGAAACGGCCCAAGGAAUACACCGUGAAAUUCACCUUUCCUAACCCACCGCCUCUUGCUCCACCCAUUCUGGGCCUUCACGCCGUGGACUUCAGUUACGAAGGACAGAAGCCCCUUUUCAAAAAUUUGGACUUUGGAAUUGACAUGGAAUCGCGAAUCUGUAUCGUGGGCCCCAAUGGGGUGGGGAAAAGUACACUCCUAUUGCUGUUAACCGGGAAGCUUACAGCGACCAGAGGAGAAAUGAGGAAAAACCACAGGCUAAAAGUUGGCUUCUUCAACCAGCAAUAUGCCGAUCAGUUGAACAUGCAGGAAACAGCCACUGAAUAUCUUCAGCGCAAUUUCAACCUGCCUUAUCAAGAUGCCCGUAAAUGUUUAGGGCGGUUUGGUCUUGAGAGUCAUGCCCACACCAUCCAGAUUUGCAAGCUGUCUGGAGGACAAAAAGCUCGCGUAGUAUUUGCUGAAUUGGCUUGCAGAGAGCCAGACGUCCUUAUUCUGGAUGAACCUACGAAUAACUUGGAUAUUGAAUCAAUCGAUGCCUUGGGAGAUGCUAUCAAUGAAUAUAAAGGAGCGGUGAUCAUUGUCAGUCAUGAUGCUCGGCUUAUCACGGAGACCAACUGCCAUAUGUGGGUGGUGGAGGACCAGACGGUCAAUCAAAUCGAUGGCGACUUUGAAGAUUACAAGCGUGAAGUGCUGGAAGCCUUGGGUGAAGUCCUGGUCAACCGACCAAAAGAAUGAGGCCGUGAGAAGCGGGAGUCACCAGAACAUGCACAGCCUAGUUUCCAUUUUUCCAGUGGAAGCUCCGCCUUCUCAAAAAGCAGGGCGUUAUUAUUUAUGUGACACGGAGGGACAGAUCUGAACGUACGCAAGGAAUUAAAAACUGAUGAUAUUUUAAACUCUUCUUCCCUUUCUCUCCCACCCAUAUGGAAGUAAACAUCUCAGAAGGUGAUGGGUUGGGUGGGUGUCCCAUCAUGCCUCCCCCACCCCAUCCCGAGCAGACAUCUUGGAAGACUAUUCUCACUUAACAAAUCUCUCUCCUUUCCUUCCACUAUUUUUAGGAAUACAACAUGUACACUUAAUAAAUUAAAAUGUGGCCGUCACUUUUCUG